CAGACUUACAGCUUAGAGGAUGACACUCUGCACCAGUAUCACUUGCCACCUUCAGGAACUGUUUGUGGGAAUAAUCAUCCUCUGCCUGGUUGGGUUAAACUACAUCCAGCUUAAUGUUGAUUCAGAGGAGAUGUGUGCCUGUUUCCAGUGUAUGGCAGGAAGUAAAGACGACCCCUGGUUUGCGGAGCGCUACAAGAACCUGGUGCCAAAACUUCUGUCCAGGCAGAACAGCGAGCUCAGUCCAAACACCAGGAAAUGGUGGGAGAGGCUUCAAGGUAGACCAACUAAAAAGAACUACAGUGAACUUGUGGAGACUCUGUUCUCGCUGUUCCCUGAUGAAGAACACUACUCAGACGCUGGUCCACACCGCUGCAGAACCUGUGCUGUGGUGGGAAACUCUGGAAAUCUGAAAGGAUCUCAUUAUGGCCCUCUAAUAGACGCCCAUGAUGUUGUCAUAAGGAUGAACAAAGCCCCUACUGCAGGCUUUGAGAAGGAUGUUGGGUCAAAGACCACUCAUCGUGCCAUCUACCCUGAGAGUGCUGUGGACAUGGACAACUCCACCCACCUUGUCCUGGUACCAUUUAAAAUUCUGGAUCUUCAGUGGCUCAUCAGUGUCUUCACUACCAAACACAUCACACGGACAUAUACUGUAGUGAAAAACACAAUACAAGCAGACUACGAAAAGGUGAUGAUAUUGCACCCUGAGUUUAUGAGAUAUGUCUAUGAGGUCUGGCUGCAGAAACAGGGGAAAUAUCCUUCUACUGGAUUCAUGAUGCUUGUGCUGUCCCUGCACAUCUGUGACCAGGUGAAUGUAUUUGGAUUUGGUGCCAGUAAAGAUGGAGACUGGCACCACUACUUUGACAAAAGAUAUCAUCAUCUUCUCAAUAAGGGCGUUCACAGAGGAAGCACUGAAUACAACAUCACUCUGAAACUCCAUCACAAGAACAGGAUCCGGAUGUAUAAAGGAUGGUAAAUUUAAGUCAGGUAAAAGUGCUUCUAUAUUUUUCUUUAAUCAUAAUGGAGUUCUGUUAAAAAGGAAAUUUUUGUAUCAGAAAGCUAUGCAUGUCAAGAGUAAAACCAGGAAACCUGUUUUGAGAAUCAGGGCGGUAAUAAAAACAGAAUUAGAGAGAAAAAUAGCGACAAAUGCUUGUCUGGGAUCUAAAAAUUUGGCCGUGUGGAGAUAUUCUAAAUUUUUAUGGUCGGUAAGGACCUGGAAAGGAUGAACUGCACUUUCCAGCCAAUUAUGUCAAGCUUCAAGGGCUAGAUUAACUGCUAGCAGUUCACAGGUAAAUGAUGCCAUAGUUACAUUGCACUGAACUUGGAGUAAAAUGUGACAGGGGACAACUCAGGAGUACCACUGCAUUAAGAUAGAACAACACCUACUCCAGUCUCAGACGCAUCCACUUCUACUACAAGUGGGUAGUACUCAAAGGCUGUCUCGUCUUUGUCUUGGGGUCCAUAAACAUUUUUUGGAGGCACCUUUAAGUAGGGUACCAGGAGUGCAGGUAUGGUACUGAAAUGCCUGUUGAAGUGCCUGUAAAAGUUUGCAAAGCCAAGAAAUUUCUGCAUUUCCUUAAUAGAGUUUGGAAUGAGCCAGUUAACUACUGUUUUGGUCUUGUGAUUGUCCAUAGUAACCCCCUGAGCACUGUGAAUAUACCCCAAAAAGAAGACUUGUUGUAUGUGAAAUUUGCACUUCUCUCUUUUAAUGAACAAGUUGUUGUCUAGCAGACAUUGAAGAACUGGCCAGACAUGAUGGACAUGGGUGUCUAAAUCCAACCUACCAAUCAUAUCUCUAAGUACAUCAUUGAUCAAUAACUGGAGAAAAGAGGGGGCUUUAGAGAGGCUGAAAAUCAUAAUAAGGUAUUCAUAGUUCCACCUAGUGGUGAUAAAAGAUGUCUUUCAUUCAUCAGCCUCCUUUACCCGGACUAAAUUGUAUGCACAACAGUGAAAUACUGAGCACCUCUGAGCUGUUCCAAGGCUACCAGGAUAAGAGGUAGGGGCAAAUUUCUUAGCAAUUUCACUGAGAGCACAAUACUCAAUACAAGGCCUUAAUCCACUACAUUUCUUUUUAACAAAGAAAAAUCCAGAUGCGGCUGGAGAAAUUGAAGGAUGAAAGAAACCCUGGCCUAGUGCCAUCAAUGUACUCUCUCAUAGCUUAUAACAGGCAGGAGAACAGACUUCAUGAUCAACCCCUUAGUGGAAACAUUUACCACAUUUCCCAGAGUUGGUGCCUGAGGCCUGUGUGGAUGAGCCCAACAGUCACGUAAAAUGUGACGAGCUGCGCAACAAUAAAUGCACAGACCUCCAUGUAAAUGACAAAGCCUCUCUGCUCAGCCUAGACUGAUCGCAUCGCAUGGGUUCAGGAACUGAUCUUGAACUGGAGCUGGAACUGGAAAGAGGGCUGUAGGUGGGCCUAGAACUGGAACAGGAGCUGGGACUGGAACCAGAAUGGGGACCGGAGUUGGAGCUGAAACUGGAACCGGAACAGGAGCUGGAGUUUACAUAUGUUGAAGCAGAACUUGUGUAAAGGCAGAUUUUGCAAGAGCUGAUCAAGACUGACAAACUAAUGAGUUGGUCCAAAGUCAAACUGUCAUUCUUGCAAGCUAACGCAGUCAAUACUUCAGGACAGCGAAAAGCUACCAUUUCUCGCACUUUCUGCAGCCAAAGUGCGAACCUCUAAUACAUUGGCUGCCACCGAGCAAUCAUUCCUGUUUAAGCUUGCACAAAAACUCUCCUGUAGAAUAGCAAUCAUGGGGAUGGUCAAACAGUCUUAGAAUCUUUCAAGAACUAUUCAUAAGACAGUUCUUGUAGGUGAGACCACCCAGCUGUUGUACACUCUAAUGCUUUGUCUGAUAAGCAUGAUAUUACAAAUGCUAUUUAGGCCUGAUCAGUACUAGACAGGGAGCUACUGGAUAAUACAGAAUGUUGUAGAAGAAUACCUCAACAUUUCUGUGGACAUCCAUCAAAUUUAUUGGGUUUACUUACUGGAAAAGCUGAAUUAACACUGACUGGGGCAUAUCUCCAUAAUAGGACACACUGGGACAGAGACAGAGGCAGGUGACCAAACAGAGAGGUUACGCAGUUGAGUAGAUUGAGUAGAUCGCAGUUGAGUAGAUCACUAAACAUUUAAACCCUAUACAUAAUUGCAUCAAUCAUCUUAUCCAUGCCAUGGAGGGAAGAGGGGGUGGUUUCCAGGCAUAUGUAACCUAAUAUCAGUACAAUGAUCUUAAGAAUGCUGACAUAAAUAGUUAUGUAUAGUGUUUUAAAUAUGUUUAGUGCUGUAAAUAUGUUCAACGUUUCUUCUUAUUA